AUGGCUUCAUCUGCGAAGCGGGCACUGAGUGGAUGUGAGAACAGUCUGCAUGCGCGAGAGCUAUCGAAGCGAAAUGUCGCUCGUCGUUCGCGUACAGUCCAAAGCCUUCGCGAGAAGCGUGGCGUCACUAGCGAUAACGUCUACUUGAAAUGGCGACGUAAUCUUGCAGCUCUCGAAAAGUGGGAGGCUGUCAACCACAACAAGACAGGGAUCCUGAACUACAGCCCUGCCACCUCCGAGUACGACGUCUUCGCAGCCGACACCAGUUGUAUCCUAACCCCGACCGUCACCGAUGGCCCAUACUAUGUCUGGGGAGAACUCGUUCGCGAGAACGUCAAGGAGGAUGUGUACUCAGAUGGUGUUGAUGUCUUCUUGGAGAUCCAAUACAUUGACAUCAACACAUGCACGGCUGUUCCCGGCGCCCUGGUUGAUAUCUGGCAAGCCAACGCCACUGGCGUGUACAGUGGUAUCUCGGAGUCCGGCAAUUACGCAGCCGACGGAUGGGACAGUACCUACCUCAGAGGCAUCCAACAAACCGACCAAGACGGCGUGGUGACCUUCGACACAAUUUUCCCCGGUCACUAUGAGGGACGUGCGACACACACUCACUUGUUGACACAUCUUAACGCAACUCUUCUACCCAACAACACCUUGGAAGUGGACACCGGCAGCGUGGCGCACAUCGGACAACUAUUCUGGAACGAGGUUCUUAGGUCCGCGGUGGAGGACACUUACCCCUAUACCACGAACACCCAAAGUGUGACAACAAACGCUGAAGAUAUGUGGGCCAAGACACAGGCAGAUAGUGCUUACGACCCGUUCCCCGAGUACAUUUACCUCGGGGACCACCUAGAUGAUGGCCUCUUCGCGUGGAUCCAGAUUGGCAUCAACGCUUCGGCCGAUUACACGGACAACUCCUACUAUAGCAUUGCUGCCUAUUACGAUGCAGAUGGAGGGCACGAGAAUUCUGAUAGCUCCGCUAUGGGUAGUGGCAGUGUUCCAAGCGGUACCAACAGCACGGUACCUUCUGCCAGUGCUUCUGCCAGCACCGCUGCUUAA